AUGAAAACAUCUUGGGUAAUCAGAAACAUUGGACACUACUUCGGAUUCAUCAUCGGAUUUACUUUUGCUACAGCUUUAUUCAUCUUUCUGCAGCUUGCUCCAAACAUUGUCGUCAACGAACCUGAUACAGCGCUGAAAUUCAAUUUGAUGGAUAUAACGGUUCCCGUGCCCGUGUCAACAAUAUCAAGUGAUGAAGUUUACAUGAGGAACAUACUCGGAGUGGAUGGACCUCUUGAAUUUAGUAAUUAUAGUGCUGCUUGCUCAAAGGAUCUUGUAAAGUUGGCAUGGGAACGACCAUAUGCUGUAACCAACACGGAGAGCUCGACGUGUAUGAGUAGUUUCCGUAAUUCGCCAGUCUCUAAUUCGUGGUUUAACAAACGAUUCAUACCAAAUAUGAAGUUAUUGAUAGAAAAAGAAGACAUCAAUAGUUGGGCGGAAUUCUCAAAGCUUUGUAAGUGUCUUAUCCCGCCAAUUGGGUACAGGAAGAUCGAGAGGAGAGGACUAAUUCAUUUGGUGAAUAACGAUAAUUAUACAUCAACCCCAGUCCUAACACGAUCACCUGGAACGUGUAUCAAGUGUGCCGUUGUGGGAACGGGUGGUGUUUUAAAAGGAUCAAAACAAGGAAGAGAAAUCGAUAGCUAUGAUGUUGUGUUCAGGACAAAUCGCGCACAUCUCAAAGGAUACGAAGACGAUGUCGGAACCAAAACCACAUUCUAUACUGCUUACCCUGAAUCAAUAAUGAUGAGUGAUAUAGAAGACAUAGAGAAUGCAUAUUUAUUGGAGCCAUUAUUUACAAAUUAUAUGGUGUCGUGGCUAGAGAUGUUUGUGAAUGGAAGCAUACCCACUAUGGCAGAAUCACUUAGAGGUGGUCCAAGAAGAUAUUCGAACAAUGGGAGUUUUAUACAACCUCAGAAUGUACGUAUCAUUCAUCCAGAUAUAAUCAGACAUUUCCAAGUUAACUUUUUGAAUAGCAGAACUGGUUAUCCGUCAACAGGUGCGAUUAUCAUAAUUGCCGCAAUGCACAUGUGUGACCAGGUAAAAGUAUACGGUUUCGGUCGUCAUGGUAACUCUUCUCUACAUUAUUACGACAGUGCUGACGUAGGCAAAUAUGUCUCAAGAACAAAUCACAAUUUUCUCAACGAAUGGGAAGUAUGGAGUAAACUGCAAGAUUAUGGAGUGCUUAGUUUUUAUCAACCAGAAAGUUAA